ACAUUAUACAUCUCCCAGCUUUUGGCGAUCAGCACACAUUUCGUGUCUGGGAAUGCUCCAUUCCCUGUCAUCGCUCGCUGGCAGGAUGGUGUUGAAUGAUCAGAGCAGAGCUCCCGAAAUGCACGCGCUCCGGAAUCCCCCGACGCUGUCGCCGUUCCGGCCUCUCACCGACUGAACCUCAUGCUCAUCCGCUUUGAGGCGUCCCAAAAACAAAUUACUACCACACUGAGUGAACGUCAUGCGAAUCCGUGAAAUUGGAGUCAUUUGAGGGGACGAUUUGCGGAAAUCUUAGAAAAGGCUCUUCCCUGAGUGCCUACCGUGAUCUCCCCAGCUAAGACGCUCAGGAGGAAUACUGCCGGCCGUCGCUGUGAAAAUUGUGUCAGCGAAGUCGGGGCAGCAAUGUCCAGCGCCAAGAAAGCGGCGGCCGUCGCGAGUUUGAAGGCGGCAGCGGAAGAGUCUGCGCGCGAGGCAGAUGACGUCAGUGGCAAGGGGCAGCAUCGAGGAAAGUUCGUAAAUGCUCACCAAGCGAGGCUUGCUAAGAUCGAAGCAGCCAAGGCGAAGAGAGCAGCUGCUGCUGCUGCUGCUGCUGCUUCCGGUGGCUCUGUGGCUAAACCAACGGCUAAAUCAGCCAAAACUGGCGAUGACUCGUGAAAGCAAGGCAGUCGCUCUCAGCCCAACAGUCGCUAAAGCGCCAUUUUCAAAUACUUGGCAGGACAUAUGAGCAUUCUCGCCGUGAAGCUAGUUGAUCUGUUCUAUAUUGCUGUCGAUAAGGAAUGUUUAUUGUACUGAAUAUAAUUACGUCUUCCGUAAUACUACUGGCUUGUAUAAGGGUCCGUAUUGUGUGGCCUUUUGAG